CCUACACCAUGCAUCACGCUCUGAAUCGGAGGGAGCCCUCUGAGUCUGAGUCUCACUGAGUCUCAGUCUGGCGGCAGGCUCAGCUGCAACUGUAGGUGUAGAAACUUGAAACGCUUGUGCUUGCCAGCAGAGCAUGGCGGCCACGUUGUCUGCACACCCUCUCGCUAAGGUGCCUGCAUUGGGGACUGGGGAGAAAGUGUUGAAACUUCGGCACAGGUUGAGCAGUGCUCCAGCUCAGCAUUGCGCUUCCAGGGAUUCGCAUGGCCUGCAUUGCUACACAAGCACACAAUGUGGAGGCAGGCCUCCGAAGCGGCUCCUUCGAUGCAGCAAUGAACAAAGAGCCAUGCAGGCGUGUAGGAAGGAAGACAACGAUGCUGCUCCCAUAAAAUUUGACUGGAAACCAAUGCUGGCCCUUUCAGUCAGUACAGCUCUGUGUGUUUCAUUGCAGUGCGUUGGAGCCAGCACGGUUGCUGCCGAGACUCAAGGGAUUGUACAUACUAGGCUGGAGGAUUCCACAUGCAGUGCUUUCAGCAGCCUCCCAUCUCAAUCAUCUGAGUGCGGGGACUACAAGAAGGUGCCACAUUUUGUAACAAAUGCAGCUGCCUCCACUCAUAACUCAGCCCCUCCAGCACUUUCAGACCUUCCUACAGCAGUAGCAACAAGCAGCCAGUUUAGCUCAGCAAGUGUACAGGCAACCAGGGACUCACAGACUAGACUGAGCAGCUCUCUUAGUGACAGGGGGGUUGCGAGUGACCCCGUAGAAUUGAAGGCUGUAGCGGCCGUUGCAGGCGCCUCAGUUGCGGUCACAAGGAGCGCUGCGGGAGUAGCAACAGCAGGCGCAGUGUCCAAGGGCAUCUCCAGUACUGCUGCCUUGGUCCCACGAAAGGCCCUUGCUACAGCACUCAUUAAAGCAAUGCGCCACUUUGUUGGGGGGGGCAUUGCUGGAGCAGUUGGGGCAACAUUAGUCUGUCCCAUAGAUAUUGUGAAGACGAGACUACAGGGCCAGGAGACCAAGAAGGGUGAAAAGAAGCAAUAUGCCAACUCUGCGGACUGCUUCCUGCAGAUCCUCACCAAGGAGGGGCCAGGCGCAUUCUUCUCCGGCCUGCUCCCUCAGGUCAUUGGCGUGGCUCCAGAGAAGGCUAUCAAGCUGACGGUCAACGAUCUGCUUAUGGGCGUACUUGAGAGCUAUGUCCCUGGCAUGCGCCCCUGGAUCCUGGAACCGAUUGCGGGGAGCGGAGGAGGCAUGGCCCAAGUCCUCUUCACGAACCCGAUGGAGAUGGUCAAGAUCCGGCAGCAGAUGCGGCGCGGCGGCGCCCCGAAGUCCGCGCUCGCCGUCGUGCGGGAACUAGGAGUGGCGGGCCUCUACCGUGGAAGCGCCGCCACGCUUUUGCGGGACAUCCCUUAUUCGGCGAUGUUCUUCGGCAUCUACGUCUACUUGAAGCAGGCCUUUCCGGAGCAGCCGUUUGUGGCGGCAGGCCUUGCGGCAGUGCCGGCAGCGUUCCUGUGUACUCCAAUGGACGUGGUGAAAACGCGCAUCCAGAUGGAACGAUCAGAGGGGGAAGAGGAUCUGGCCUAUUGGGAGACCCUGGCAAAGAUCGUCAAAGAUGAGGGGCCGCAAGCGCUUUUCGCGGGUGGGCUGGAGCGGGUGCUUCGAACCAGCCCUCAAUUUGAUAGCCGAACGUCGAGAUCGACAGCGAGGGCGCUUACUACGAAGACUAAUAACACUGUGUUUGGGAAGGUAAGAGGUCAGGCUCGGAGCUGGAAGGUUUGAGCGAGCUUGUUUGGAGACAGCCUGAGGAAUCUGUUCAAGAGUGACAUCCAGGGCGCUCUUUGCUAGAAUUUGAGAAAAACAUUGUGUUUGGGAACAAGCGGCCAGACUCGUAGGAAGUAAGUGUAGGUCUUAGAUGUUUUUAUUUUUUGGCCAACGGACAAGACCAAUAAGGCUGAUGUUGCUAGUGACCUCAAGUCAGUCAAAUAGGCAGUCGAAGUGAAAUCAUUAAGCCAAGUAAGUCUGAUUGUAGACAGCCUGAUUCGAGAACCGGUUGAGAGUGUAAGCUAGGGCGACCUUAUAUGAGAAGGACAUUCUGUCAAUUUGCAUGUUUGCAAUUGAGUUAGGUCAGGCUUGCCAGUAGGAAGUACUUUUACGCUUUGCUUGUUUUGAUUGUUUGCCGGCCCACGCAAGCUGACUAAUUGUGAUAAUUGUUUGAACUCAAGCACUUGAGUCUUCCGUG